CAAUCUCACCCUUAAUCUUUCACCUUUUAUUAUAUUCUUCCUUGGUUUCGAUUAGUUUCUUGAUCUGAAGAUGAGCCAGCAGGAACAGCCGGAACCUAUAAAAUACGGCGACAUUCUUCCGGUCUCCGGCGAGCUGGCGUCCAAACCGGUAGCCAUGAAAGAUGCUGCUGCCUUGCAGUCCGCAGAAAGCAGAGUUCUGGGCGAGACGACUGAGGAGGUUGGCGCGGCCGCUAUAAUUCCCUUAUUGCAUUCCGCCGCCGCACUGAAUGAGAGCCGCGGCGCCGUGCAACGCGACCAGAUGACGGAUGUCGUCAGGGAGCGCGGCGUCGAGGUUAGGGAAGAAGUGGGCGCCGGCGGCGCCCCCAUUGUUACAGAAGAAGUCGGCGGAGAGGUUGUGGCACAAUAUGCCCAUCCAGGGAAGGCGAAGAGCAACACGGCAGCUGACUUAUCAUCAUCACAUUAGCUUCUUAGAUUAGAUAUAAACGUACUAAUAACAUAAACUUAAUGAAACUUAAAUUACGAGAAACCUAAGUAGCAGAAUCAUAUCAUAAGUGUUA